AUGUUGCGGGUCGGAAUCAUCGAUCAAGACAAACAAAGCACAAGCUUUGUUCAUAUCCCACGUGUCGAUCUGUCGGAACAUAUCCAAUUGUUCGGGCCAUCGAGGCCAGACGCAGUGGACACUACCCUGAGCAAACAUCUAUCAUACCAGCAUUCCCAGCUAUGGCCAGAUAUCGAGCAGCGCCCACCGUGGAGGGUCUCCAUCAUCCCAAUUUUCAAUGGCGAAGAGACGCCAUCCGAGGUUGAGAUCAUCUACGCUUUCCACCAUGCCAUUAGCGACGGCACCAGCGGCUCCAUCUUCCAUCAAAGACUCCUCGAAGCGCUGGGCCACCCCAUGAAAGACAUUCCAGGCCUGGAAGGGAAGACGAUCGCAUUUCCAGAACUGCCUGUGCUACCGCCACCGCAACAUGAACUCGUCAGCUCGCGACUUAGCUGGACAUUCUUCCUGGCCACUCUUUGGGACGCCUUUGGCCCUUCGUGGCUGAAGAACAAACCCGCUAUUCGACCGUGGAAAGCGCGCCCGAUCGAUCUUGCGCAGCCAAACGAGACCAGCACCCACAUUUUGCGGAUUCCUCCAGCGCUUGCGACGAAGCUGCUCGCCGUAGCACGAAGCCAUUCUGUUACGCUGACACCGCUACUUCAUGCCCUCAUUGUCGCAUCCGCAGCCCGACGGAUCCCAGAGUCCGAGGCACCGGCAUUUGAGCCCUGUUCCCCCAUCAGUCUGAGGCGGUACCUGCCCGCCGGUUCAGACUUUGACGCAAAGAACCAGAUGCUCGUGCUCGUGACAUCAGGAGACCAUCCAAUCCCGCCUGCUCUCGUCACCAAGCUCCGCUCGUCGUCAGGCAAAGAAUACGAAGAUGCCAUUUGGGAAGUCGCCGCCUCCGUCAAGUCUACCAUGAACGACAAGCUCUCGAGUCUGCCACACGACGACCUAGGAUCCAUGCUGAAAUACGUCGGCGACUUUCACGACUUCUUCCGCCAGAAGGACGGCCAGGAACGAAGCAACAGCUGGGAGCUCAGCAACCUGGGAGCCAUCGACGGAGGGAGUGGGAGCUGGAAGAUGACGCGAGCGGUGUUCUCCCAGUCAGCGUCGGUCUUGGGUCCUGGAUUCAGUGCCAACAUGGCGGGUGUCGUUGGGGGAGAGAUCACGGUCACGUUAUGCUGGAACAAUUCCGUUGUUGAAGGUUCUUUGGUUGAGGGUGUGAUUGCAGAUCUGGACGUCUGGUUGCCAGAGAUUGCCAGCCGUAAGCCACUAUCUAUCUGA